UUCUAAUUCAAAAUUUCGUUCAUCACGGUGACCAGUCUUCUCAACGCUGCUUUGCUUGCUCUCACAACAAUCAGUCAGUCAGCGAGUCGCCAUUUUCAGCUCUCGCUACCCAAUUUCACAAAGCAAACACAGGAAAAUGGACAUCUCCAAAGAUCAAAUCGCGACUCUCCUCGAUCACGACCUCCAUGCUUCCGCUCAGAUGCUCGGAUGCUUCCUUGUAUCGUCGACUUCGGCUAAUCCUGAAACAAGCCCUCAACUGAAGGCCGAAAAUCUGAUUCUUCUAGGAGACUCGCUGUUUCGUGACAGGGAGUAUCGAAGAGCAAUCCAUACGUACAAACAAGCAUUGCAGUACUGUAAGAUUAUCCCCAAGCAGAACUCAACUUCUGCUAGAACUUCACUCUCCAGCAGGUCUUCUUCGCCGAGUUCUUUUAACGCUUCAGCGAUUAAUGAAAACGAGGUGAAGUUCAAGAUUGCAUCUUGUCAUUCAUCACUGAAUGAAACCAGACUGGCUCUUGCCGAGAUGGAAGGAAUUCCUAGCAAAGCAAGAACUUUGCAGAUGAGUUUGUUAAUGGCAAAGCUUUUUCGGAAUUCCAGACAUAAUCGAUAUGCUAUUGCUUGUUACAGAGAGUGCUUGAGGAAUUGCCCUUAUGUAAUGGAAGCUAUUAUAGCCUUAGCUGAACUGGGAGUUGCUGCAAAGGAUAUCAUUUCAUUAUUCUCACAGACUUCAUACAAAAGUGGAAGGACCCCAUUUGAGCAUAUUGACUCAAAUAGAUGGUUACAACGCUAUGUUGAGGCACAAUGUUGUGUGGCUUCAAACGACUACAAAGGUGGGUUAGAGCUCUUUGCGGAACUUUUGCAACGUUUUCCUAGCAACAUACACAUAUUACUUGAAACUGCUAAGGUAGAAGCAAUUAUUGGAAAGAGCGAUGAGGCUAUAGUGAACUUUGAAAAGGUGCGCUCGCUGGAUCCGUUUCUCAUUACUUACAUGGAUGAGUAUGCAAUACUUCUGAAGGGCAAGUCCGAUUAUACAAAGCUAAACAAGUUGGUUCAUGAUCUUUUAAGUAUUGACCCUACCAGGCCGGAAGUCUUCGUGGCUUUGUCAGUUUUAUGGGAAAGGAAAGAUGAGAGAGGAGCUCUAUCGUAUGCUGAGAAGAGCAUCCGAAUUGAUGAGAGACACAUACCAGCCUACAUUAUGAAGGGGAAUAUACUUUUAUCACUGAAGAGACCAGAAGUAGCCGUAAUAGCAUUCAGAGGUGCCCACGAUUUGAGAGCUGACCUUCGUUCAUAUCAAGGCCUCGUUCAUUCCUAUUUGGCUUUCUCCAAGACCAAAGAAGCUUUGCAUGCAGCCAGGGAGGCCAUGAAGGCCAUGCCUCAAUCUGCAAAAGCUCUGAAAUUAGUCGGGGAUGUACAUGCUAGCAACUCUAGCGGCAGGGAGAAGGCCAAGAAGUUUUAUGAGUCAGCACUGAGGCUGGAACCUGGAUACUUUGGUGCUGCAUUAGCUUUAGCUGAGCUCCAUUGCGUAGAGGGCCGAAAUGGAGAUGCUGUCUCUCUGCUUGAGCGAUACGUUAAGGAUUGGGCUGAUGACUCACUUCAUGUCAAGCUGGCUCAAGUCUAUGCCGCUACAAAUGCUCUGCAAGAAGCUUUGUCUCACUACCAGGCUGCAUUACGGUUGAAUCCCCAGAAUGAAGCAGCAAAGAAAGGCUUAGAACGGUUGGAGAAGCAAAUGAAGGGUGUCGAUCCAGAUGCUCCUGAAGAAGAUGAAGAAAAUGAGGUUGAGGAUGCUGAUGAAGAACCAGAUGAGAUUGAGCUUCUCCGAGAGUAAAAUGCAGAUACCGAAUUUCAACAUCAUAUGCAUUGUCGUCACUGUUAGCUUAGCAGCCUUCCUAAAUUUUUGGCAAUCAACCUAAGAGGCCUGAAACUGUACCGGAGAAUGUGAUCAACUAUUAGACGAGUAAAGAAAACCAUCCUUGACAUCAUGACUAAGCAACCUACACAACUACCUCAGGGACUGCAGGUUAGAUAGUUUGUCAAUCUCUUGCCAUUUUUCUCAUGUAAAGAUCUCGAGCGAAAUGAUUCGACCUUGCUGUAAGUUUGCACUCAGCUCAAACAAAUGAUGGAAUUGCUGGUAGCUAAACAACAUCAUUCAUCCUGGUAGUUUCAUGUUAACAUUGUUGUGCGCUUUUGUUUUACUUAAUUUUACAUUCCACUCUACAAGAAAGAGAACUUCAACUGAAGGGACUUCACCAUAACUUUCAAAAACACUAAUUAACUUCAAUUUGAACUGGAUAAAGCUAAGCACUGAAAUGAAAGAUCUUCACUUCUGCAUUAGUAACAUGCUUGGUUGCCAUUCUAACCUAAUUUCAAAUACAAUUGGCUGUAGAAACAAAGCGUGAAUUAGGGUUUUUUUAGUACCCCUAUAUACAGAAUCAAGUUACAAAAAGCUACUGUUUCCUCUGCCUUCUAAACAUGGUACGGUUUCCUAGGAGUCGGAGCUCGGUUCUCCAAAGACUGCAACCUUUGCUUCAGAUGAAACACCUCUACCUGAGCAUUUUCAAAAGGCCUCAUGAGUAUCUUGACACACAAAAAAUCACCUGAAGCUGAAACGCUCUUGCCCUUUCUGCAGCUAGUACUCCCCUAGUCGAAUGCAGCUCCUUCUGGGUAUCAUCGAAAACAGCCUUGAGGAAAGCCACGUCGUGUUCAAGCCUCACGUUGUCCGAAUGGACGAUAUUCGACAUGCUGUUGGCCUCUUCAUGGGCCAUCUCCAAACUAGUCAUCUUCUCCUUCAGCAACUCCACUUCCCUUAAAGCAUCCGCCAACUUCUUCUCCACAUCUUGCUUGCUCUUCACGACCGCAGAGAAACCCUUCUCAGCCACCUCUUGACCUGCCAAUGCUGCCGCGAGUUGUCCUUCUAGUACUCCGUUCUUCUUUAUUAAAGUAGCUAUUUUGGAUUCAUACAGUUGAUAGACACUCGAGUGCGGCCCUCCGGAAGGGUAGUCAGUAGUCUCUGGAACUGCCACUCGCUCAGUGUCAACUCUAAGGUCUGAUGAACUACCAUAGACACAAGAUUUAUCCUCACUGAUGAUUUUGCCCAGCUGGUUAUAAGUCUGAACGGAUGUGUUGGGUUGAUUCAUUUGCUGUUCUUUCCCCUGAAAAAUCGACAUUUCUCCCCAUUCUAAAUCGUGAUAUGAAAACAAUGACAUAAUGUGCUAGUGUAAGCUUGAGGGGUUGGCUACAAGGUUACGGUUUUCAAAUUAACCAUUUCACUUAACAGUUCUGUCUAAGUAUUACUAGUUAAAACUUUCAACAGGCUUCCCAGUUAACUUGACCGAGCAGCUUAGCUACUAAACGGGUAGCAAAACAUGUUACUUACCGGAGACGUCACAUUUCCUUCAUCUGAGCUCUUAACCAUCUUGACAACUCUGUUGUGUUCUUCCUCGUGAAAUUGCUUUCUGAGGGAGACAUUUCCAGAGGCACAACCUGAAUCCAUGAUUGCGGACUCCGACAUAGAUUUUCUACCAGAACCAUGCUGCUCGAUUGCAGAAGC